AUGACCGGAGUCGCCAACCAUGUGCUGAAGCCGCAGUCCCAGGCCCCGCUGGUUCCUGUGCCCCCGCUGUCAUUCCCGGACCUGUGCGCCCGCCUCGAUGACCGCAUCUCCGCCUUCCUGCGCGACGACGACGUGAAGGACGCCCGCCUCCGCGCCGUCCAGGAGCAGACGCGCAGCGCAUUGGGCGUCAUCGAGGACGCUCUGCAGCGCUACAGCAGCCUCGACGAGCUCGCACUAUCCUACAAUGGCGGCAAAGACUGCCUCGUUCUCCUCGUCUUGUACCUCUGUGCCCUUCACCGUCGCAGCGUGUCCACCGCUACCCCGCUGCCUGAGACCAUCCAGACGGUCUAUAUCCAGUCCGCGCAUCCGUUCCCGGAAGUCGAGCAAUUUGUCGCCGAGUCUUGCCAUGCAUACAGCCUUACUCUCGCCACCUACAGCGGUUCCAUGAAGGUAGCAUUCGAAUCGUACUUGCGCGACUAUCCUUCCGUCAAGGCCAUAUUCGUCGGCACCCGCCGCACAGACCCACAUGGUGAACAUUUGAAGCAUUUCGAUCCUACGGAUCAUGGUUGGCCGAGCUUCAUGCGUAUACAUCCGGUCAUAGACUGGCACUAUGUCGAGAUUUGGACGUUCAUUCGCCACCUCGACAUUCCGUACUGCCCGCUUUACGACCAAGGCUACACCUCUCUAGGCGGCACCACCGAUACCCAUCCAAACCCCGCUUUGCGCAUCCCUUCUCCCGACUCCGACAGCGGUAGCAAGGACCAAAAAUUCAGACCCGCCUAUGAGCUCGUUGAGGAUUACGAGGAGCGCCUUGGCCGUGACAGAGGCGCCAAUUCUACUAAGCAAUCACCCAAGCCGUCACCUUGA